AACGCGACGUCGCACGUGUGGCCCUUGGGCGCGCUCGCGGAGCUCCUCGACAACGCGCAAGACCAGGAGUGCGGCGCGACCGAGGUGCACGUGGACGUCGUCAACGUCGCCCCCGGCGUUCCCGCGAUCACGGUGCAAGACGACGGCGUCGGCAUGGCGCGCGCGAACCUGCACUGCAUGCUGUCGUUCGGAUUCAGCAGCAAAGAGCACGUCGUCGGGAACGUCGGGCGGUUCGGGAUCGGGUUCAAGUCCGGCUCGAUGCGUCUCGCGAACGAUGCGCUCAUAUUGACGCGACGGGAAGGGCAAGCCUCCGUCGCGUUGCUGUCGACGACGUUUCUGAACGCGAUCGACGCGGACGACAUUCUCAUCCCGAUGUUCACGUGGAAAGUCGACGAGUCCGGGGGAAGCGGACGGCGGUCGUACAUCGCGGACGAGCCGUCGAACACGACGGAGUGGGAGGAGAACAUGGCGGUCAUCGAGGAGUACACGUUCCUGAAGUCCGAGGCCGCGGUGCUCGAGGAGCUGGACAAGAUCGACACGAAAACCGGCACGAGGAUCGUCCUCUUCAACCUGAAGCAG